GAGGAGAGGGGCGCCCAGAAAACGCCCUGCUGCUGAAUCCUCUCAAAAUUAAAACUUUAUCGCGCCAUUGACGGCACGCUCGAAUGAUAGGAUGGAAGUUUGAUCCAGCACACUUGUUUAAAGUAACCACUUCAUAGAUUGUUUUUGUGACGGGAAGUUGGAGAACUUCAGUUUUCCCCAUUGGAUUAUUUUUUUCGCUUUAUUCUGGACAAGACCGGGGUACUUUUUUUGGAGGGCGGCGAGUCGGAGGCUGCCUAGGCCCGCUGCUGCUCGACAACUUGAAAGAAGAUCCCGUAUCUUUAAUGUAAACCAGAAAAGUUGAGCAGAUCGCCCUUCGUUGCUCAGACUGGCGCCAGGACGAGACAAAAAUGUCGCUAGGAGCGGAGAGAAGGAUGGAAAACCGGCUGAGACAACUGGAAGCCAUGAUCAAAGACCCGCGGUCUGCGAUCAACUUGGAAAGUUUGCUGGACUCCAUGAAUGCCCUGGUUUUAGAUCUGGACUUUCCGGCCUUACGUAAAAAUAAAAACAUCGAGAAUUUCUUGAACAGAUAUGAGAAGGUCAUGAACCACAUAAGGGAGCUCCAGAUGAAGCCAGAGGAUUUUGACCGAGUAAAGGUGAUUGGUAGAGGAGCAUUUGGGGAAGUCCAGCUGGUUAGACAUAAGGCCUCUCAGAAGGUGUACGCUAUGAAGGUGCUCAGCAAGUUUGAAAUGAUCAAACGCUCAGAUUCUGCCUUCUUCUGGGAGGAACGGGACAUCAUGGCGUUUGCAGACAGCCCAUGGGUCGUACAGCUGUGCUGUGCGUUCCAGGAUGACCGCUCUCUCUACAUGGUAAUGGAGUACAUGCCAGGUGGAGAUCUGGUCAAUCUCACCAGCACAUAUGAUGUCCCAGAGAAGUGGGCAAAGUUUUACACAGCAGAGGUGGUGUUGGCUCUAGACGCCAUUCACUCGAUGGGCUUCAUUCAUCGAGACGUCAAACCAGACAACAUGCUGCUGGACCGCUAUGGACACCUCAAACUGGCGGACUUCGGGACCUGCAUGAAAAUGGAUGGGACGGGGAUGGUUCAUUGUGACACCGCUGUAGGAACCCCAGACUACAUUUCGCCGGAGGUUUUGAAGUCUCAGGGAGGAGAUGGAUACUAUGGUCGCGAGUGUGACUGGUGGUCAGUGGGAGUGUUUAUCUAUGAGAUGCUGGUUGGUGAUACACCGUUCUACGCUGACUCUCUGGUGGGGACAUACAGCAAGAUUAUGGACCAUAAGAACUCUCUCAACUUCCCUGAUGAUGUUGAGAUCUCUCAAGAAGCCAAAAACAUUAUCUGUGCCUUCCUUACAGACAGGGAGGUCCGCCUGGGCCGAAGUGGCGUAGAAGAAAUUAAAAGACAUCCUUUCUUUAGAAAUGACCAGUGGACCUUCAGCACUAUUAGAGAGACUGCAGCUCCUGUGGUUCCAGAGCUGAGCAGUGACAUAGACACCAGUAAUUUUGAUGAAAUUGAGGAGGAUAAAGGAGAAGUGGAGACCUUUCCCACACCUAAAGCCUUUGUUGGCAAUCAGCUGCCCUUUGUGGGAUUCACCUACUUCAAAGAGGACCAGUUGUUGAAUGCUGUCAACAGUUCAGCAAUGAAAAAUGACCACCCAGUAUCUAACAGAGAGAUUGCCUCAUUUUCCACUCAGCUCCAGAAGAAGCUUCACUGUCUAGAAGAGCAGCUCAACAAUGAAAUGCAGGCCAAAGAUGAGCUGGAGCAGAAAUACAGAAGCAAUAGUAACCGCCUGGAAAAGAUCACCAAAGAACUCGAUGAAGAGAUGAAUAGCAGGAAAGGUCUGGAGUCGACUCUGAGGCAGCUGGAGAGAGAGAAGGCUCUGCUGCAGCACAAGAGUGUGGAGAGUCACCGCAGGGCCGAGAGUGAGGCCGACCGCAAACGCUGCCUGGAGAAUGAAGUCAACAGUCUGAGGGAUCAGCUGGAUGAAAUGAAGAAGAAGAACCAGAACUCGCACAUUUCCAAUGAGAAGAACAUCCACCUGCAGAAACAGCUGGAUGAGGCUAAUGCUUUACUGCGGGCAGAAUCUGAUGUGGCCACACGAAUGCGUAAAACUCAGACAGAGAGCUCCAAACAGCUGCAGCAGCUGGAGGCGCAUGUGAGAGAACUGCAGGACAAAUGCUGCAUGCUGGAGAACAGCAAGCUCACGCUGGAAAGGGAGAACAUCAGCCUGCAGGCCGCGCUGGACACCGAGAAACGAGAGCAGACGCAGGGAUCCGAGACCAUCUCUGAUCUACAGGCACGAAUCUCUGGUAUGGAGGAUGACGUGAAGCAAAUGAGACAGGCCCUAUCUAAGGCUGAGCUCGAGAAAAGGCAACUUCAGGAGAAGCUCACAGAUAUGGAGAAGGAGAAGAGCAAUAACCAGAUUGACAUGACCUAUAAGCUGAAGAUGUUGCAGCAGGGUUUGGAGCAGGAGGAGGCGGCACACAAGGCCACAAAAGCUCGACUCGCUGACAAGAACAAGAUCAGCGAGUCUAUCGAGGGAGCCAAAUCUGAAGCUGUAAAGGAGCUGGAGCAGAAGCUGCAGGAGGAACGUUUCUCUAAACAGCGUGUGGAGAACAGGGUGUUAGAACUGGAGAAGAAAAACUCCAUGCUCGACUGCGACUAUAAACAAUCGCUCCAGAAACUAGAGGAACUGCGACGACACAAGGAGAGACUCACAGAAGAGGUGAAGAAUCUGACCCUGAAGAUUGAACAAGAGGUUCAGAAACGCACGUUGACUCAGAAUGACCUGAAGGUUCAGAACCAGCAGCUCAGCACCCUGAGAACAUCAGAGAAACAGCUCAAACAGGAGAUCAACCACAUUCUGGAAAUUAAACGCAGCCUGGAAAAACAAAACAUGGAACUGCGCAAGGAACGUCAGGAUUCUGAUGGACAGAUGAAGGAACUGCAGGAUCAGUUGGAGGCAGAGCAGUAUUUCUCUACGCUGUAUAAAACACAGGUGCGAGAGCUGAAGGAAGAGUGUGAGGAGAAAAAUAAACUUUAUAAAGAUGUGCAGCAGAAUCUACAGGAGCUGCAGGAGGAAAGGGAUUCUCUUGCGGCCCAGUUGGAGAUCACACUAACCAAAGCAGACUCUGAGCAACUGGCCCGCUCUAUAGCGGAGGAGCAGUAUUCAGACCUAGAGAAGGAGAAGAUCAUGAAGGAGCUGGAGAUCAAGGAGAUGAUGGCCAGACACCGACAGGAGCUCGCUGAGAAAGACACCACCAUUGGCUCUUUAGAAGAAGCUAAUCGCACAUUGACAAAUGAUGUGGCAAACCUGGCCAAUGAGAAGGAAGAAUUCAACAACAAGCUGAAGGAGGCAGAGGACUACCUGCAGAAUCUAAAGAACGAAGAGCAGUCCAUCACUCAGGUCAAGCUAGCGCUGGAGAAACAACUGCAGUCAGAGAGAACCCUCAAAACACAGGCGGUGAACAAGCUGGCAGAGAUCAUGAACAGAAAGGAGGUCAGAGGUGGUGGCAGCCGCCGUGGAAAUGAUACAGACGUGAGGAGGAAGGAGAAAGAAAACAGGAAGCUGCAGCUGGAGCUUCGUUCAGAGAGAGAGAAGCUCAACAGCACCAUCAUCAAAUACCAGAGAGAGAUCAACGAUAUGCAAGCGCAACUGUUGGAUGAGUCUCAGGUGCGCAUCGAGCUUCAGAUGGCUCUGGACAGUAAAGACAGUGAUAUCGAGCAGCUGCGGAGUCUGCUGAACUCACUGAACGUCCAGUCGCUGGACUCGGCCAGUAUGAGCAGUGGUCCAGACAUGGACACAGAUGAGUCUCUGCUUGAGAUCAGAUUGGAGGGUUGGCUGUCUUUACCUGUCAGGAACAACACCAAACGCUUUGGAUGGGAAAAAAAGUAUGUUGUGGUGAGCAGCAAGAAGAUCCUCUUCUACAACAGCGAGCAGGACAAAGAGCACUCCAACCCUUACAUGGUGUUGGACAUAGAUAAACUUUUCCAUGUGCGCUCUGUAACCCAGACGGACGUUUAUCGCGCUGACGCCAAAGAAAUCCCCAGAAUAUUCCAGAUUUUGUAUGCUAACGAGGGCGAGAGCAAGAAAGAGCAGGAACUGGAGCCUCUUCCAGGUGACAAGUCCAGCUACAUUUGCCAUAAGGGUCACGAGUUCAUCCCCACCCUCUAUCACUUCCCCACCAACUGUGAAGCCUGUACCAAACCCCUGUGGAACAUGUUUAAGCCGCCGCCGGCCCUCGAAUGCAGACGAUGCCACAUCAAGUGCCACAAAGACCACAUGGAUAAGAAAGAGGAAGUCAUCGCACCCUGCAGAGUCGACAUGUCUACGGCUAAGAAUCUGCUGCUGUUAGCUUCGUCUCAGGAGGACCAGCAGAAGUGGGUUAGUCGUCUAAUGAAGAAGAUCCCCAAAAAACCUCCAGCUCCGGAAGCCCCUCACCGCUCCUCUCCCAGAGUCCCUGUCAAAGUACAAAGCAGUCAAUCUAUGAGGAGACCCAGCCGGCAGAUACCCGCCGGCAAACCCAGGUUUGUGCACAGCGUAACGGAACCAGCAGCAUGUACGGAGAAAUCGGGCUUCAUCUACCACAAGGGUCAUGAGUUUAUUCCUUUAUUCUUCCACUUCCCCGCCAACUGCGAGGCCUGUCCCAAACCCCUGUGGAACAUGUUCAAACCUCCCCUGGCUCUGGAAUGCCAGAGAUGUCAGAUCAAAUGCCACAAAGAGCACAUGGACAAGCGUGAAGACGGUCUUAAACCCUGCGCAGACCAGUUCAACCCCCAGUUGAACACGGGGUGAGAGGAGAAACGCGGCCCCGCUGGAAGUUGGAUGGAGAAUGUAUUGAUAUUUAUUGGCGACUGCUUUAGGAAUCUUCAGAAACAUCAGUCAAGUUAACCUUGUAUUGGGAUUCUGGUGCUGCUACAUGGUGAUUUGGGGGUUCUUCCUGUCACACCAACACAAGACCUUUGUCGUAAACUUUUUCGCACAUUUUGGCAAAUCCAAAAAGAGUGAGAGAUGCACAAAUGUUGAUGAAGGCUUUGCUGUGGUGAUUUGGCUUUUAUUCUCGGAGUUGUUUCGACUUGAAGAGCACAACAGAACCGAAAGCUCGACGUCACACCAAACUUCUAACUGAUUCAAGGCCAGAGCUGAGCUGAGCUGAACGCGAAGACUGAACCCACUGGAGCGAGCGAGCGACUGACCGGACAAUGUGGACGACAACUGGUUUGUUUAUUUUUAUUUUUUGGGUUGACUGUAAUGGCUGAUUAUAGACGGUAAAGCAACACACCACAUAAACGGCUAGAAAACACCACUACAUAUGUUUCUCAUAAGCACACGUGCAACUGUAGUGUUAUUCCUCCUGUAGUGUUUUUUUUUUUUUACCUGUGUUUACCCCAUUGUGCGAUCAAAGCUUGAUUGAACCCUCAUAAAUGCAUCCCAUAAUGCUCACUCGGUGUCGUAUGAGUUGAAUGUAAUAAACAGGACAUGACGGUUUCAUCGAGACAUGAUCUGUGCAUGUGGACCGGAGUUUCGCAAACAUUUCUAACAGCUGAUCUUCAGUCAGUUUUAGUUUUGGCCAGUCAUGAUUUAAUUCAGCUGUUAAAAGUUGAAAUGUCUACGAUUUCAGUUACAAACUUCAUCUUGCAAGCACAUAAUGUUCAUAAGACAGUGGAAUGUGUGUAAAACCAUGUUUAAUUUCACUACAAGUAUUUUCCUAGAUUUGUGUCUGUUUGUGUGUGAUAUUUGAUUUGAUUUUCAGUGUUUGUGUGCGCGUGUCUUCACCCUAGCAAACAGUGUGUAUCUCUGGGUGUGCUGUGAAUGCAUAUCUGUGUUCUUUUACACGUUAUAUUAUAUAAGUACACAUUCUCAUAUAUAUGAGAAUAUGCUGCGUAUAUGUGACCUGCCAUCUUACCAGUUGGUUUGCUAUUUAUACAGGUCUGGGCACUUUUUUAUUUUGAUUUUAAAGCGCUGCCUCCAGAUUUGCAUGUUUUAUAUUGAUGUACUGUUUGACCAUAAAAUGAAAAGCAUAUGUAGCCGUGUUGUUUGGAGAGCCUGUAUAACAUUUGCUUAUUUUUGUAAACAAAAGUAGUCAGUUAAAUAGAUAUAUAGCUGUGAAUGUAGUAAAAGGAAGUAAAGUUUUAAUAUAAAUAA